CUGUAACAAGUCUGUGAUCAGCCACGGGACAGAGGAGCCAGCAGCCUGCCUGUGACAGGCAUCAGGUUAGCUCGCUCCCACUCGGGUGGCGCGCCCAGGAUAUAAAUCCAGGCUCGGGCCCUGCUGCCGCUCUUCUUCCUGCACACUCAGGAGAGGGAGUUUGCUUGCAAAGACCUUCGCUUUAUCUGAAGCCGCACAGCCAGCCCGGCGGGGCUGCGCUGACUUGGUGGAGGGGGCCGCGGCGGCCGAGAGGAAGCCCGCUGGGGUGGGGAGGGCAGGUGUCUGCAGCCCAGAGAAGGAGAAGGCCCUGGUGGGCCCCAGCCCCUGGCCUCGUCACAAGGGAGGUCUCGAGGCACCGCAGACCACACAUCAUGUGGGCCCCGGGGUGCAGCCGGCUCUGGUCCCGCUGCGUGCAGGCGGCGGUGCUCCUGCUGCUGUUUGGGGCGCCCCCGAGGGGCCUGGCACUACCGCCCAUCCGCUAUUCCCAUGCUGGCAUCUGCCCCAACGACAUGAACCCCAACCUCUGGGUGGAUGCCCAGAGCACCUGCAAGCGGGAGUGUGAGACGGACCAGGAGUGCGAGACCUAUGAGAAGUGCUGCCCCAAUGUGUGUGGGACCAAGAGCUGCGUGGCCGCCCGGUACAUGGACGUGAAGGGCAAGAAAGGCCCGGUAGGCAUGCCCAAGGAGGCCACCUGCGACCACUUCAUGUGUCUGCAGCAGGGCUCUGAGUGCGACAUCUGGGACGGCCAGCCCGUGUGUAAAUGCAAAGACCGUUGUGAGAAGGAGCCCAGCUUCACGUGCGCGUCCGAUGGCCUCACGUACUAUAAUCGUUGUUACAUGGACGCCGAGGCCUGCUCCAAGGGCAUCACGCUGGCUGUCGUCACCUGCCGCUAUCACUUCACCUGGCCCCACACCAGUCCCCCGCCGCCCGAGACCACCGUGCGCCCCACCACGGCCUCCCCGGAGACCCCGGGGCUGGAUACGGUGGCCCCGGCUCUGCUCAACCACCCUGUGCACCAGUCGGUCACCGUAGGCGAGACCGUGAGCUUCCUCUGCGACGUGGUGGGCCGGCCCCGGCCGGAGAUCACCUGGGAAAAGCAGCUGGAAGACCGGGAGAACGUGGUCAUGCGGCCAAACCACGUGCGCGGCAACGUGGUGGUCACCAACAUCGCCCAGCUGGUCAUCUACAACGCCCAGGCCCAGGACGCCGGCAUCUACACCUGCACAGCCCGCAACGCCGCCGGGGUCCUGCGCGCCGACUUCCCGCUGUCCGUGGUCCGCGCGGGUCAGGCGGUGGCCGCGUCGGAGAGCAGCCCCAACGGCACGGCUUUCCCCGCUGCCGAGUGCCUCGAGCCCCCCGACAGCGAGGACUGCGGGGAGGAGCAGACCCGCUGGCACUUUGAUGCGCAGGCCAACAACUGCCUCACCUUCACCUUCGGCCACUGCCACCGCAACCGGAACCACUUUGAGACCUACGAGGCCUGCAUGCUGGCCUGCAUGAGCGGGCCGCUGGCCGUGUGCAGCCUGCCCGCCCUGCAGGGUCCUUGCAAGGCCUACGCGCCCCGCUGGGCCUACAACGGCCAGACCGGCCAGUGCCAGUCCUUCGUCUAUGGCGGCUGCGAGGGCAACGGCAACAACUUCGAGAGCCGGGAGGCCUGCGAGGAGUCCUGCCCCUUCCCUCGGGGCCACCAGCGCUGCCGGGCCUGCAAGCCACGGCAGAAGCUCGUCACCAGCUUCUGUCGGAGCGACUUCGUCAUCCUGGGCCGCGUGUCCGAGCUGACCGAGGAACCCGACGCGGGGCGCGCCCUGGUGACCGUGGAUGAGGUGCUCAAGGAUGAGAAGAUGGGCCUUAAGUUCCUGGGCCGGGAGCCGCUGGAGGUCACCCUACUCCACGUGGACUGGAGCUGCCCCUGCCCCAACGUGACGGCGGGCGAGACGCCGCUCAUCAUCAUGGGCGAGGUGGACGGCGGCAUGGCUGUGCUGCGGCCAGAGAGUUUCGUGGGCGCGUCCAGCAGCCGGCGGGUCAGGAAGCUGCGCGAGGUCCUGCACAAGAAGACCUGCGAUGUCCUCAAGGAGUUUCUGGGCUUGCACUGAAGCCGCUUCCCCUCUGCCCCUCCCCGGUCCCCUCCCUGGCCCUCGUCCACCUCCCCACCCCCCACGCCCCUCAGUCUGCAGACUGGGCAAGGUCAGGCUAGACAGUUAGAGGCCAGCGGGGAACAAUCCACUGGAGAUUCUUAGAACAAUUUCUAGUCUUAGGCUCAAGAAGGGGUCUGUAUCUCCUGUAGCUGCAGGGGACAAAAGGAGAAGCCAAGAGACACCUGCAAACCAUUCCUGAUGACUAGCUGGCUCGGGCAUUGCAACCCUUUCUCUUUGCCCGCCAGUCCCUUCCGGUGGCUCUUCAAGCCCGCAGCUGGCUCCCAGCCAGGCAGCCAGAGAUGGCAUCUGCAUGGUCAUGGGAAUCACGGAAUGAAUCGGUUUGCAAAAGGGGUAGGUGGGGAGAGAAAGGAGGGCCCAGGGACUCUUUGGACAAAUUUCCCAGAGCCCCCUAGAUCAUUAGGAACAGAACCACCUUCAUGUUAGGGCUUGUAGGAAGUGGGGGUGGGGCAUGGUCUGACCCAGCACACACCUCGCCCUGAGGUGGUGGUCAGCUUGUGCUUCGGUAAGGGUGCCCCGUGGUCUCUGAGGCCACCAUGGCACCACAUUCUUCGUGUUUCUCCUUGGCUUUAUUGGUUGGUUUAUUGAUUGUUUUGAUUGUUGAUGUAUUAAUUUAGCUCUGUUCAGUCCGACUCAGUGGGCAUUUUCUGAACAAUUACUGGGUGCCAGGCGCUAGGACACAGAGUUAGGCACUGCCUAUCCCCUAGUGACUGAAUGUGAGUGUCCAGAUCCCAGGGUCCCACCCCCUGGACCCCCAUUCCCCAACCCUGGCCCCCAGAAACAGACCCAUGGCUGGUCUUCCCAGCUGUCAAAUGGUCCCGUCUGAUGGACAGUGAGCUUUCAUCUGCCACCGGCCUCUUUGGACAGAAAGCAGAUAGAAGCCCCAGGAUCUGUUUUGGUGGGAAGGGAGAUAAAAGGAAA